AAGGGGCUGGCGGCCCGGCGGCCCCGGCUCACCGGCGCGGGCCGCGUCCACCUGCCCGGCCAACACCCUUCUCUCACCCCAGGUCCUUCUCAGCCUCCAGCCAGACUCUCCCAGAGCCGGGCUCAGCCUCCUCUCCUCUGUUCCCCUCCUCUGCCCAGAACGCCCACCAUGGGGACAGCCACCAGGAGGAGGCCAUACCUGCUGCUGCUGGCCACCGUGGCCCUUGUCUCCUGUCCAGCACGGAGUUCAGCCCGGGCAUCCCCAGCCACCUUUGGGCCUGUCUUUGAGGAGCAGCCCCUCGGUCUGCUCUUCCCAGAGGAGUCCACAGAGGAACAGGUGUUGCUAGCAUGCCGCGCCCGGGCCAGCCCUCCUGCCACCUAUAGGUGGAAGAUGAACGGGACCGAGAUGAAGCUGGAGCCAGGUUCCCGUCACCAGCUGGUGGGCGGCAACCUGGUCAUCAUGAGCCCCACCAAGGCACAGGACGCCGGCGUCUACCAGUGCCUGGCCUCUAACCCAGUGGGCACUGUUGUCAGCAGGGAGGCCAUCCUCCGCUUUGGCUUUCUGCAGGAAUUCUCCAAGGAGGAGCGAGACCCAGUGAAAACCUAUGAAGGCUGGGGGGUGAUGCUGCCCUGCAACCCGCCUGCCCACUACCCAGGCUUGUCCUAUCGCUGGCUCCUCAACGAGUUCCCUAACUUCAUCCCGACGGAUGGGCGUCACUUCGUGUCCCAGACCACAGGGAACCUGUACAUUGCCCGGACCAAUGCCUCGGACCUGGGCAACUACUCCUGCCUGGCCACCAGCCACAUGGACUUUUCCACCAAGAGUGUCUUCAGCAAGUUCGCUCAGCUCAACCUGGCUGCCGAAGAUACCCGGCUCUUUGCACCCAGCAUCAAGGCCAAGUUCCCAGCAGAGACGUAUGCACUGGUGGGACAGCAGAUAACCCUGGAGUGCUUUGCCUUCGGGAACCCUGUACCCCGGAUCAAGUGGCGCAAAGUGGAUGGCUCCUUGUCCCCCCAGUGGGCCACAGCCGAGCCCACUCUGCAGAUCCCCAGCGUCAGCUUUGAAGAUGAGGGCACCUAUGAGUGUGAGGCGGAGAACUCUAAGGGCCGCGACACCGUCCAGGGCCGCAUCAUCGUGCAGGCUCAGCCUGAGUGGCUCAAGGUGAUCUCAGACACGGAGGCCGACAUCGGCUCCAACCUGCGUUGGGGCUGCGCGGCCGCCGGCAAGCCCCGGCCCACAGUGCGCUGGCUGCGGAAUGGGGAGCCUCUGGCAUCCCAGAACCGGGUGGAAGUGUUGGCUGGGGACCUGCGGUUUUCCAAGCUGAGCCUGGAGGACUCGGGCAUGUACCAGUGUGUGGCAGAGAAUAAGCAUGGCACCAUCUACGCCAGUGCCGAGCUGGCCGUGCAAGCACUGGCCCCUGACUUCAGGCUGAAUCCUGUAAGGCGUCUGAUCCCUGCAGCCCGAGGGGGAGAGAUCAUUAUCCCCUGUCAGCCCCGGGCAGCUCCAAAGGCCACAGUGCUCUGGAGCAAAGGCACUGAGAUUUUGGUCAACAGCAGCAGAGUGACUGUAACCCCAGAUGGCACCUUGAUCAUAAGAAACAUCAGUCGGUCAGAUGAAGGCAAAUACACCUGCUUUGCUGAGAAUUUCAUGGGCAAAGCCAACAGCACUGGAAUCCUGUCUGUGCGUGAUGGAACCAAGAUCACUCUAGCCCCCUCAAGUGCUGACAUCAACUUGGGUGACAACCUGACUUUACAGUGCCAUGCCUCCCAUGACCCCACCAUGGACCUUACCUUUACCUGGACCCUGGAAGACUUCCCCAUUGACUUCGACAAGCCUGGGGGUCACUACCGGAGAGCCAGUGUGAAGGAGACUGUUGGGGAUCUGACCAUCCUGAAUGCCCAGCUGCGCCAUGGUGGGAAGUACACGUGCAUGGCCCAGACGGUGGUGGACAGUGCGUCCAAGGAGGCCACAGUCCUGGUCCGAGGUCCGCCAGGUCCCCCAGGAGGCGUGGUGGUGAGGGACAUUGGCGACACCACUAUCCAGCUCAGUUGGAGCCGUGGCUUCGACAAUCACAGCCCCAUUGCCAAGUACACACUGCAAGCUCGCACUCCACCUGCAGGGAAGUGGAAGCAGGUUCGGACCAAUCCUGCGAACAUCGAAGGCAAUGCUGAGACUGCCCAGGUGCUGGGCCUCACACCCUGGAUGGACUAUGAGUUCCGGGUCUUAGCCAGCAACAUCCUGGGCACUGGGGAGCCCAGUGGGCCCUCCAGCAAAAUCCGGACCAAGGAAGCAGCCCCCUCAGUGGCACCCUCAGGACUCAGCGGAGGUGGUGGAGCCCCAGGAGAGCUCAUCGUCAACUGGACACCCGUGUCACGGGAGUACCAGAACGGAGACGGCUUCGGCUACCUGCUGUCCUUCCGCAGGCAGGGCAGCAGCAGCUGGCAGACCGCCCGGGUGCCCGGCGCCGACGCCCAGUACUUCGUCUACAGCAACGAGAGCGUCCGGCCCUACACACCCUUUGAGGUCAAGAUCCGCAGCUACAACCGCCGUGGGGACGGGCCCGAGAGCCUCACUGCGCUCGUGUACUCGGCUGAGGAAGAGCCCAGGGUGGCCCCUACCAAGGUCUGGGCCAAGGGGAUCUCAUCCUCAGAGAUGAACGUGACAUGGGAACCUGUGCAGCAGGACAUGAACGGCAUCCUCCUGGGAUACGAGAUCCGCUACUGGAAAGCUGGGGACAAAGAAGCAGCAGCCGAUCGAGUAAGGACAGCAGGGCUGGACACCACUGCCCGCGUCACUGACCUACACCCCAACACCAAGUACCACGUGACUGUGCGGGCCUACAACAGGGCUGGCACUGGGCCUGCCAGCCCCUCCACCAACGCCACAACCAUGAAGCCCCCUCCACGGCGACCUCCUGGCAACAUCUCCUGGACUUUCUCGAGCUCCAGUCUUAGCAUUAAGUGGGACCCUGUGGUCCCUCUCCGAAAUGAGUCUGCAGUCACUGGCUAUAAGAUGCUGUACCAGAAUGACUUACACCCAACUCCCACGCUGCACCUUACCAGCAAAAACUGGAUAGAAAUCCCAGUACCUGAAGACAUUGGCUAUGCCCUGGUACAGAUUCGGACCACAGGGCCUGGAGGGGAUGGGACCCCGGCAGAAGUCCACAUUGUGAGGAAUGGAGGCACAAGCAUGAUGGUGGAGAACUCAGCAGUCUGCCCAGCGCCCCAUCCCAGCACCAUCCUCUCCCACUCCAUGGCAAUGCUGAUCCUCAUAGGCUACCUGGAACUCUGAUCUCUGUGCUGCUCCUCUUGUGCCAGAGCUGGACACCCACCUCCGAUGGACAGACAGCUGGCUCUGGCCCCUUCCCAAUCCCAAGGUGGCCCAACACUGUGCCUGAGAGUGGUUGGUUUUAAAUACCUACUUUAAACAGUUCCCUUUUUGUAGGAGGUAGGGUAUUUCAUAUUCUGCCACAGGAUAGAACCCACGUGAGGAUGUUUUUUAAGACAAGAGGCACCAGGCAGUAACUUCCAUGAUGAUACUGAACCCUAUGACCGGGCCCCCUUGAGUGCCUGGAUGGAAGGAACAGGCCUUUGGGAAGAAGGGGGUUUAAAAUACGUAUCUUCAAAUCCGCAGAGAUGGCACUCUGGGACCAUAUAUGGACUCUGCCACCUGAGAGCAGGAAUACCAGGAUGAAUGGGCUGAAGAAGUGGGGCAGAGCGUAAACACCAACCUCGCUCAAUCUAGAGAGAGGGGCGAGCCCUGGGACCAAGACCUCUCCUUCCUUCUCCUCUUGAGGAGCAGCACAGCUGGACCUGACAUUGUCUUCGAUGAUUCCCUAGAGGCCCCUGCCUUCCCAGGUGGCAAGGCCAGGAGCCUGCGCCCCUUCAGCUUUUUCCAGGCUGCUAGGGUGGGAGCUUAAAAGGGUCAAGAUGCUGGGACACCUGGUGGAAAGAAGAACCAGCCUUGGCCUGAGGCCAUCACCAUCCAGGUGACGUUGCCCUCUCAGCCAACACUGCCAACCCAACUCUGUCACCCCCAGAGUGACAGAGCCACUUCAGGUUGUUGGGUGACUAAAGGGCUUAUCUUGGGGAGGUCCCCCACCCCACCAAGACCCAUUCUGCACAGUCCCUCCUGGGUUUGGGCAGGAGACAGCUAAUCGUGCACCCACUCUUCCUCCAGCUCUGGCUGCAGACCUAGGGCCGCCUCCGCCACCUGCAGGCCCUGCUGUCCCAGCAUGGGCUCACUCAGGCCUGGGAGAGUAAUGCAGCAUUAAUUCCUUGUGUCCUGGAAUUUGGAGGCUUCUGAGAAGGCAAAGGAUAAAUGUAGCCCUGCCUGCUCCCAGGAAUACCCUGAACCACCUGGUGAGACCCACUCUCCAGACUGCCUUGACUGCUCUUUUGCAUUUCCCCAGAAGAAAAAGGGGUUAAUAAAUGGGACAUCCUGUCCUGAGCUCUGGGUAUAUUACCAGUCACAGACCAUCAGAGCUGGAAGAAGCCUUAGAGCUCAACUUGUCCAAGCCCCUCACUUUACAGAUGAGGAAAUAGAGGUCCACAGAGGGUAAGGUCACACAGCCUGUAAGUGAUGGAGCCCUUCCUGUUCAGGGCUCUUUGUCUAUCCAGAGGAAGGAGGCAGUGCUGACUGGCUGUGGCCUGGUUAAGAAGGUGGAUAAGGUCAGGAGGGAAUGAAAAUUCCACUUCAAGGGGUUCAGGCUGGUGGUCGUGGGGAUUGGCAGGGCUGGGUCCCAGCCCAAGGCGUGGGCAGAUUCCAGUCCCAGGAGACAUCCCGUCCUCCUUUUCCUUCUGAGCCUUGCUUCUGCCAUGACCUCAACAUGCAGUGCUGGCUCAAAGCCCCCUGUUCCCCUCACCCUGGCUCCAAGAAGAAAGGCCAAAGCAAGGACAGGUCCCCAAAUCCAGGCAACAGUGGCAGCACCACCAGGAAACCCCAAAGCCUAUGCUCUGACACAUGAGAGCAGCGGGACAGGCAUCUUGAAGGGCACGUGCCCCCUGAAGCUCCCUGAGCCUGUUUUCCAUAGUUUACAGUUAGAGCUCUAUUUUGUUAUGGUUUUUUAAAUUUUUAGGUCCUGCUCUAUUUUCCUGGGCAGGUUUACGUUGAUGUUUACCCACUACCAUUUUUUUAAAAUGUAAGCUCACAUCCCUUCUCUCUGCCACCACCAAAUCCCCAUGGCACCCUACCCAUGGCCCCACUGCACCCUUCCCUGGAGCUGUCUGAUCAAAUCCUCCUCACCUGUUCCCACCCCCCCACAUACAGGGGUGCUGGGGGCUCAGCUAUGUGACAUUCUCCCAUUACAGGGACCCCAACUUGGCCUAAAAUCCCUACUGGUCCCCUGCUGGCUGUGAUUUGCCCUGUGCCCAGCUAUCUAUCAUAAAGGGGAUGCUGAAAGAAACCUUCUUUCAAGGUUUAUCUGAUUCCUUCCUCACUGCCUUGGGCUGUGGCAGGGGAAACAGGCAGUUGUCUAGUUGCUAGGUCAAGGGGGAUAAGCCGGUUUGACACAGGCCCUAACCAGUGAAGCC